AAAUCUUUUUCCCUCCUACUGUACAGUCUGAACAAAAAGGAACAUGAAUGCCGCAUCGUCAAGCACAUUCAGUUCUUGAUAAGGUAUCUCACAACAUUCUUUUCGACUCAACAAUGCACUCCUGCAACCCACUGUUCAGAUCGCUCUUUCUCGCAUUGUAUAUAGCAGUUAUUCGCGACACAACUUUCGGUUCCGUGAACGGAUUUUCGAUGUCGUCUCCGUCGGGCUCAAAAMCCAUCUACGGAGUGCCCAAUUCGGGAUGGACGUCGCCGGAAUGGAACUGGGGUUAUGCGUCCGGAACCGGCCAUGAUUGCGCCGCAAUUUGUAGGAGAAAGUAUUCCACGCGGGGAGAACGAUCCGCUCUGAUCGAUGAACUGGUWUCGGCAUCGCCAGCGACCGACCUGGAAGAGGUCAAGCUCGUGAUGGCACUGGCGUGGCAGAGCGGUCGCUGGGAUGGCUCGGACGGGGGCCCGGGAGGAUACGGGGACGUUCUGGCAGCGAUGGCGGAUGCGARGCGGUACGAAGACGAGAAGACGGGGAAUUUGUCGUUGCUUCGAGACAUGAAGGAACGAUUCGGCCUGUUGAAUCCUACCAACGACGAUCGCAUUGCGAUGGAAAACCUAACCGACAACGGAGACGACGUGGAUAGUGCGCUCCGAACUUGCAGCGGAUUGGUUCUCAAAGCUAUGGGAUUUGUUGAAUCCGGAUAAGAAGAGCCAUAAAUGGAAAACGUAGCAACAAAAUGAUCAGCAAUCGAAAAGGAGGAAACGAACCGAAACUUCUUUUCAGACAAAAGGCAUUUAUCGGUGAGCGAGAGGAUGGAAACUGACCUUCCASGCCCCGAAUCUUUUGCUAAAAAAUAGAACGCACAACUCUUUGCURCUAUGCGUUGUUGUUGUCGUCCUGCCUUAGGCUUGGAAAUAGAGAAAGGAAUCAGCGAAUAUAUUUGCAUCGCAUAGUAUCUCGAACGAAAGCCAAAUCGGCCGUUUAAAUUGCGUCAGCAGUUCGCUUUUCUCAGGACGAGUAGCGAACAGUUACGGUCGACAAAGUAGACUUGCAUAAUCUCAUCAACCAUACUAGAAACACUUUCCUUCUCUAGUGCUCUUCAUUAAGCGAYAUCACUUGCUCGGCGUGGAGGACGCUAUUUUCUGACGGAGUCGAUCAAAAAUACUUCUAGUUGAUAGUUGAGAACAAGGUGUGAUAGACAAAAAGUACAGCAAACAUUCCGGCAAAUAGAGAAACAACAAGCAAUSAUUUCUUGUUUCGUGACGAAAUAACUACAAAUCUCAUGA